GGCGAGCGGGGCCCGAUGCGGGAGUACAAGGUGGUGGUGCUGGGCAGCGGGGGGGUGGGGAAGUCCGCCCUGACGGUGCAGUUCGUCACCGGGACCUUCAUCGAGAAGUACGACCCGACCAUCGAGGACUUCUACCGCAAAGAGAUCGAGGUGGACUCGUCCCCCUCGGUGCUGGAGAUCCUGGACACGGCGGGCACCGAGCAGUUCGCCUCCAUGCGCGACCUCUAUAUCAAAAACGGGCAGGGCUUCAUCCUCGUCUACAGCCUGGUCAAUCAGCAGUCCUUCCAGGACAUCAAGCCGAUGAGGGACCAGAUUGUCCGGGUGAAGAGAUACGAGAAAGUCCCUCUGAUCCUAGUGGGGAAUAAAGUGGAUCUGGAGUCGGAGAGAGAGGUCUUGUCUGCAGAAGGCAGAGCUCUGGCUCAGGAGUGGGGCUGUCCCUUCAUGGAGACGUCAGCCAAGAGCAAAACAAUGGUGGAUGAACUGUUUGCUGAGAUCGUCAGGCAAAUGAACUAUGCCUCCCUGCCUGAAAAACAAGAUCAGUGUUGUACAACUUGCAUCGUCCAGUGAGAGAAGUUAAGGAAAACCUCAGUCAUGGCCAUACAGAGCAGAUAAAACUCAGAGGAAACUUGCACAGAUGCUGCUUUGGAGAACUUUCAGCCCAGGUUGCAGAGCUGAGCCUUGGUAAACCUGUCUCUAUUACAGCACAUUGCCAUACAUCUAAGUGCAUAAGGUUGGUGGCCUCCAGGAUCCACACACCUUAAUCAGAAUGCUUAGCAUGUUUACCAUAAGUUUAAAAUCUGUUCUUUAUCUAUCAGUCCUUUUAUAGCUUUCUAAGUUCAUAUAAUGGCUAAUAUGCAAGAGUUCAUUUUUAAUAUUUUAAUUGAUUUCUUUAAUCAAUUUCUGAACUUGUAUUUAUUAAAUACUUAAACUCAGUAUUACCUACUCAAUGCCUUUUAAAAGAGAGUUUUAAUGGAGAAUAAAUUGAGCCUUAAACAAAUGGUUACUUCUGUAUAUUACCUCGCAUCAGUGCUUCUUUCUCUUGGCAAAGUUUUCUCCUCCGAUGCAGCCGGUCGUUCUUUGAGACUUUCUGUUUACGUGUGACAGUGUCAUGGAGAGAUACUGAAGGCACCUCUGUUGUGUGGAUGCAGUAUCCCUUUUCUUGGCAAGUGCAGCUGUGAUGCUGCUUGUAACUGGUCUGAUUGGGCAGCAGGGAUCUGAACGGGGCCUGAAGUCUCCAGCUGAUGUUUUUUGGGCAAUCGUGGGUUUCUUAAACUCCCUUAAUCAGAAAACAACCAUUGUAGCAUUGGAAAAUGGCAGCGUUCUGUUCUGUCUACUGAGUUUCUCGACUUGCUUGUUUACAUGCAGCUUCUCAAUGCCUCUGGAAAGGGAUAAUGUAUCCUUCAGAAUGGGCUGUGUGCCUGGUCGGGGCAGCUCAGCUUUGCCUGGCACAGCAAGCGACAUCUGGUAGACCUCUGCACAUGUAAAUCUAAUGCAAAUAAGAUCACUUUACAUUUUGUAGUUCCUAAUAUUUGUCUUUCUGAAUAAUAUUUUAAAGCAAUAUUUGUUAAAAGUUUUUCUUGCACUGUCACAAAUUGCUUUUUAGGUUUGUUUGUUUGUUUUUUUCCCAAUAAACAAGUUUAAUUUUAGAGACAAGUUGGUGUAACAAGGGGAAAAGCACCAGGUUUCAGUGAUACUAACUGCAAGCGUGCUUUAAACAGCCAUUGCCUUCCAUAUUGUUUACCUGAUCAACAUUUUCUCUGAAUACUUGAAAAUCUUAACAAUAACACAGGUAUAAAGAGCAGAAUGGAAAUGUACAAAGGACAGAUGAAACCGUUUUGUUCAGUUUUAGUCACACGUUGCAUCCAUGAGAGCUUUUUUUUUUUUAGCAGUGGUUUAAAAUGUGUGAUUUUUUUUCUUUGCAGAAGUUUAAUAACUGCAGCUCACCUACUGCACCAAAGUUCUAGGUUUUUAGGAGCCCAGCUUUAGUCAUUUGAACAUGCUUCUAGAAAUGUACAUUCUUGCCCUGUAAUAGCUAAAUACCUUGGAGAAAAGCUCCAGUAAAAGCAGUGAUGGAUAUGUGAGGUUAAGCAGUUUCGAACUCACGAAAUGUAUUGUGGAUGAUGGCAUUUGAAACAAUAAAGGACACCAGUAUCUCAA